AUCCGUAGAAGAAGAGCCCGCUUCAGCUCCGUAGAAGAAGAGCCUGCUUCAGUUCCGUAGAAGAAGACGAGGAGCUGAGAAUCUGUUUAAUCGACUCGUCGUUUAGUUCAAAGGGUUAAAGUUUAUAUAUUAAUACAUUUAUUUAUACAUUUCAUACCGGAAGCUUCCGCUGGUUGAAGACGGGAAACCGGAGAUGUACCGCGGGCGGCCCCCCCCCCCCGAGAGGAGGCUACCGGCCGCAGCUGGAGGGCCGAGGUCCGCCUCAGAAGUCCCAUCCCGUCCCGGACUACCGAGACGACCGGACUCGGGCCCGGCCUCCGUUCCACCCCGACUCCUACCGCCGCUCCCCGCCUCGCAGGAGGUACCCGUCCCCCGGGUCCGGGAGCCACCGAGGCGGGGAGUAUUGGGCAGGGGGUCCUCAUGGUGGUCCUCCUAGAGAGAGGUCUCCGUCCCCCCGAGGAUCUGGUCCCAUCGACCAUAACCUGGUCAUCACUGUUGGAAACGAGCUGACCGGACCAUCUGGCUCCGCCCCCUCACGCCAUCAUGACAGAGACUACCCGCCUCGACCCGAGUACGAGCGGAGCCGGAGCCGGGGCCGGAGCCGGCCUCGCAGCCGGAGUUCCGAACGGAGCCGGGCCAAGAGUCAGGUGAGGAGCAAGAGUCAGAUGAGGAGCAAGAGCCGGCCCCGCAGCCAGAGCCGCAGUCCGGACCAGAGUCGGACCUGGAGCCCGGGCCGGAGCAAGAGCCGCAGUCCGGUCCGGAGCAGGGGAAAGAGCCGGGGCCGGAGCCAGAGCCGGAGCAAGAGCCGCAGUCCGGUCCGGAGCAGGGGAAAGAGCCGGGGCCGGAGCAGGAGCCGCAGUCCGAGCCGGAGCCGGGGCCGGAGCCGGGGGAAGAGCCGCAGUCCGGACCGGAGCCGGGCCAAGAGCCGUCUCCGCAGCAGGUCCAGAGGGCGGAGUCACGCGCGCAGUGCGAGCAGACGGAGGAGCCGCAGUGCGAGCAGCAGCAGCAGCUCGAGCUCCAGCAGCAGAGACGACAGCGACGAGAAGUCCAGGAAAGAGUUCAGAGAGCUGGAGACGGCCCGGCGCCGGAAGGAGCUGGAGGAGAUGCUGAGUCUGCCGACAAAGUCCAUCCUGAAGAAACGCAACGACUCCGAGGACUCGCCGUCACUCAGGACCACUGACUCCCCUCGAGGUCCAGAGGCCUCCAACAUUUCCCGGGUGGCCGACCAGCUGCUGCAGGCCGUGAAGGGCAUGGAGCCUCACAUGGUGGCCUCCAUGCUGUCGGAGCUUCGGUCCGACCCCCAGAUGGCUCACCGCGUCGGUCUCGAUGCCGAAAUCAAAGAGAUCCUCCACCUCCUGGGGGGGCCGGCGGGGGCCAAGGCGCAGGAGAAGGCGGACGACAUCGACGACGAGGAGAAGUUCCUGUACGGAGAUUCGGAGGAGCCCAAACCUCCGCCGGCGUCCGAGCCCAUCCGACACCAAGGGCUGGAUCUGUACGGAGAAGUAACGGAGGAGACGCUGUACGGAGACUACCCCCCACAGAAGCAGGCUAUCGCACAGACAUACGGCCUCCUGCCAGGGGCCUCAACUCACCUUCAGGCCCCUCCCACCGCGGGCGAUGUGGAGGUGCGAUAUGCGAGCCGGUCCUCCAUCAGCCCCGACCAGAACAUAACGGUCCAGGUGCUGAACUCCGCCUUACCGCCGGGGAUGGAGCCGCUGGAGGAGGGCGAGCGCCAGGCACUGGAGGAGUAUGAGAAGAUCCAGGACCUGCUGAAGACCAUCGGCCUGGACCUGGGCGUGACCGAGAUCAGCAAGAUGGCUGCCAGGACCAAAGAGCGCCUCCACGGUAACAAGCCGCCUCCGAAGAUGCACGGCAGGCGGUACUCCUCUGGCAGCUCGAACGGCAGCCAGGGCCGCAGGAGGCGGAGCCGCAGCAGCUCCAGCAGCAGCAGCCGGAGCCGCGGCCGGGAGGGCAGCUCAAGCAGUGACGGCGGCAGCAGGAGGAGCUCGGCACCGCCUAAAUCUCACAAAGACAUCAAAGAGCCAGUCGCCGGGCAGAGUGUCGCCGCGCCACCACCACACAAAGAGCUGCCGCCUCAAACCCCCGACCCCAACCUCCUCCUCGCUCACCCCAGGGUGCCCAUUCCCCCCUACCCCCCCUCACAGGUCCACGGCAUGAUGCCCCCCAACUUCCCCCCACCGGGUUACAGCCAAUAUGGAAACUACCUUCCCUACAUGCACCAGCAGUGGCCGCCCAUGUACCCGCCCCCCAACAUGGCCUUGCCCCCCCAAACCGGCCCAGACGAGUUACCCCCCACUCUGCCAUACAAACACCCCUACAGCAAAGCCCCUGAGCCAGGGGCCAAAGGUUCGAUGGACACUUCGGUUCCGGGCGGGGAGAAGGGAACCGCCAGCAGAGUGUCUGAGGAGCAGAACAACGAGAGCCAGAAACAAAAGGUUCUGGAGGAGCGAGAGAAGCUGAAGCAGGAGCGAGACGUCCGGAUGAAGAAGAAGGAGUACCUGAUGAAGGAGCUGGAGAGGCUCAGGAAGCAACAAGGGGAGCUCCUGAGGAAGAAGCGGCGGGAGAAGGGCGGCCACAAAGACCCCCUGUUGCAGGAGAUCAGCCACCUGCAGGAGGAGGUCAUGGCUCAGAUCUCCAACCUGCGCAAAGAGCACGAGGCCGCCGAGAAGAAACGCAACGAGAUCGAGAAGAUAGCACUCAUCCUCGGCCUGAUCCCGUCCGACCGGCCGCGCAGGGCCGCCAAACUGCCGGAGGACCAGGAGGACGAGCCGCCAGAGAAGAAGAAAUGUGAAGCGCAGAGGAGCCCUGAGGGCCGGCAGGCCGCCAGCAGCUCCUCCAUAAAGCAGACUGCGGCGGCGGCGUUAAGAGCGUCUCCAGACGAGCCGCCUGCCGACGCCCCGACUCCGCCCCCGGAGCCGUUUGAGUACUAUGACGCUGGAAAUCACUGGUGCAAAAACUGUAACGUCACCUCUGGGUCCAUGUUUGAUUAUUUCACACACUUGCACAGCAAGACGCACCGAAAGACUCUGGACCCCUACGACCGGCCCUGGGCUUCCACGCCCACUAAAAUCAGCAAGAAUCUUCUGUCGGAAGAGAAGCUGACCAAACCAGCCAAAGGUUCGGAGUUCUUGCUGCCUGUCCGAGGGUUCUUCUGCCUGCUGUGUAAACAGUUUUAUGGAGACGCCAUCUGUGCAGAGGAGCACGUCACCACUCACGCUCACAACGAGAAAUACAAGAAACAGAUGUACGAGAACCCUUUGUAUGAACAGAGGAGGAACCUGGACCGGCAGGCCGGACUGGCCUCCGAGGCCAGUGGGAAGAAACGCAAACACGAGGACGAAGACAAAAGCAACAAGGACGAAAAGGCCAAACACAAAAAGGAGAAAAGGGACAAGGACAAAAAGAAGGAAGAGUCUGACGCGGUUCAGAAGGAGGAGAAAAUUAAAAAGGAGGAAGACGAGGAGAAGCCGAGCAAGAAAGAGGAAGAAUUUAAGAAUGCCAAAAGCCUGGAAGAGGAGAGGCCUUUGUACAGCAAGAAAGAUGAGGAAGACAAGUUUAAAAGCAGCAAGAAGGAUGAUAAAUACCGCUCCAGCCGAGAAGAAGAGGAGAGGGGUAAACACAGCAGGAAAGACGACGACGACAGACACAAAUACAGAGAAGAGGAAUGUCGGUACCGGUAUCGCAGGGAUGAAGAGGGUCGGUAUGACAGCCGUCCCAAAUACGGCUCGCGAGACGACGAAUACAAAUAUGGUCUAUAUUCAGAUUUCAGAUCCAAACAUGACGAAGGGAAACUUAAGGCUGAGAAAGAGGCUUUCAAAAAGCUUGAGCCAGGGAAAACGGAUAUCAACAAGCCCGAACCUCCGCCGAAGCCCUACGACCCGCCCAAAAUCCUCUGUGGACCCAGUCCGGCCAUGAGGGCAAAGCUUCGCAAGCAGAGUCUGGAAACCGGCAAACCGCCGCCUCCGGCUGUGACCGCGACUCCUUCAUUUGGGAAGUUCACGUGGAAGAAGAAGGAGAGUAUUCUGGCGAAAGAGGCAGAGAAAGUUGCCGCGGAGUUCAUCAAAGAAGACGAAGCGGCUACGAAGCAGAACCCGGUCUCGUCUGAGGAUUCUUUUGCUAAAUCUAUGGCCGUUGCCAAGGAGAUCGCCCACAAGCUGGGGGGCCAAAACACCACGCCUCCUUGGGUGUUCAACCGUGCCAACCGGGGAAGGAUCCGGCCGAACCUCCCUGCACCUGCUGCAGUUCUGAGGAAAACCGCCAUGAUGGGUAAACCCGCCCCUCUGAAUACCUUCCUGUCCAUUAGACCCCAAAACACAGGACCUGCUCCCAAAGAACAACCCUUAUUCUGCGACGGUCUCACAAGGGCUCUUAAUGCCCAGAAUGCACUGCUGGAAAAUAAACCACAGCCAUUAAUUGGUGCACCUGGGACAUCCGACGAAGCAAUGCCUCCACCUCCGGUGUCAAGACCUGCACCCUUGAAGGCUAAACUUGAACCAUUGGAGGCUAACUCUGCGCCACCAGUUUGUAACCCUGCGCCGCCAGGUUGUAACCCUGCGCCGCCAGUUUGUAACCCUGCGCCGCCAGUUUGUAACCCUGCGCCGCCAGGUUGUAACCCUGCGCCGCCAGGUUGUAACCCUGCGCCGCCAGGUUGUAACCCUGCGCCACCAGGUUGUAACCCUGCGCCGCCAGUUCGUAACCCUGCGCCGCCAGUUCGUAACCCUGCGCCGCCAGUUCGUAACCCUGCGCCGCCAGUUCGUAACCCUGCGCCGCCAGGUUGUAACCCUGCGCCGCCAGGUUGUAACCCUGCGCCGCCAGGUUGUAACCCUGCGCCGCCAGGUUGUAACCCUGCGCCGCCAGGUUGUAACCCUGCACCAAUCGAGGCAAAGCCUGCACCAUCUGUGGCUAAACUGGCACAGCCAACAAUGGUAAAGAUUGUGUCCGACGUGGCAGCUCCCGGCGUCCCUGAGGAUGAGCAAACUCAUAUGGUUUUUGUCAAGCCUCCACCUUUCAUGAACAUCGGCGACGGACCUCAUAAGUCUGAUAAACUUAAGAGUAACCUGGCUGCAGCUAAAGCCCAGGACUUAUUCAACAUCUUUUACAACAGGGUUGGCCAAUCAGGCGCCUCCUCCAUAACCAAACCAGCAACGGACAACAGCCCUGGCGGGAGCAGCACCAGUAGAAGUCAGCUUCCUACCACGCAAGCACCAAAACCACAACCUCUGCUUCUAACUCAGUCCCAACCUCCAUCUGAGGUAUGCAAAUCCCUACAACCAGAGUCACAAAGUCCCCAAACCCGGCCAGAGCCAGUCAUUCAGAUUGAAUCUGUUUGGUCCUUGCAGUCAUCCCCAACUCCACCACCUGAGGUGGUUCAAUCUGAAACACAGCCAAGACUGAAUCCACCAGCCCAGUCUGAGGCUCAGAGUGCACCCCAAAACCAGUCCUGGACUCCUAAAUCUCAGUCCCAAACCAAGCCUGCUGAGAGGCAACCAACACCUCAAACUCUGUCCCCGGCCAAUCUGGCCCCUCAAAUCCACACAGACCCCCAACCAGACCAGGACAUCCAGCCCCUGCUCCAUCUAGAGACCCAUCCUGACAUGGCUCCAGAACAUCCUCCCAAGCCAGGCCCCAAAACUAGAGGUAAGGCUACUCCGACAAAGAGAACCCCUCCUGCCCCCCGCGCCGUCCGGCAAACUAGAUCUCAAACCAGAUACCAGACCCGCCAGCAGCAGAGCCAGUCCGAGCCUGAGCUGGCUUCAGGAGAUUUUGACUCUGCAGCUUCGGACUCCAAGGGGCUGGACUCAUCCGAUCCCGGCUCUGGGUUGCUGCUGGAGGAGGCGACGCCCAGCGAGCAGGACCUUCCGAUGAUGGAGAUCACCCCUGAGACCCUGGGCCUCCCCACAGACAUGACUUCUCUGGACUUUGAUUAUGAUUUUAACUUUGAGUAGCAGCUGACCUCAAAACCAGGAAGUCUCUGAUCAAUAAUCGACUGGACUUGAAGGCAGUGAAAGACGCUGACAGACUUGAGACUUUUAAGACUCUGACCUUUAUCCGUUUGAAGCACUAGUUUGACAUUUAGGAAACUUUGUUGUCCGUCUUCUCUAGAGUCCAGGGCGUCCAGACCGGCAAUCUUUUAUUGAAAACAAGAAGCCCAUGAAUACUUACUAAAGAGUUCUAAGUUUCUUAAUGUGAUUUAUUUUUUCAGAUGUUCCUCUAAUCUUUCAUGUAAAUUACUGGAUACUAUUUUCUCUUCAGUUAACCUUUUUAGUUUGUGAGCCACAUAAAAAACACAUGUUGUACACCAAUGUUUGUGGGUUUGACUGAGCUGAUAUCUGACCGCCUCCUCCUGAAGUGUUCUCUUGUUUUCUACUUGUUUAUUGCUCUUCUUUUAAAACCAGUCGGACCAAAAGCAGCUCAGUUGUUGGUUUGUGUGUUGACUGCAGAUCCAGGAUCUGAUUCCUAGAGAAGUGCAGCAGGUCUGUGUUUGGCGCACUGAUCUGAAAUCAGUGCUGAUGUGAGGAACCAAACUCGUCUCCGUGAAUCUGUUGCUUCAAGUAGUUUUAAUAAAAGUUAGUGCAGAAACAACCGCA